UGGUGUCCUUGCCCAGGGACGGAGGGGAGCGCGCACGUAACGCGUCGUCGGCCGGGCGGUAUUGAUACGUGCGCGCUCCCGAAGCUACUAGCUGAGCUAUGGCGGAGGGGGGUGGAGAGCCGAGCCCGGUACCGGAACCCGAGGGGCAGAAGAACGAGCUGGGAGAGCUGCUGAAGACUCCGCUAAGGAAAGGGGACGAGUGGUAUCUGGUGGACAGCCGAUGGUUCAAGCAAUGGAAGAAGUAUGUCGGCUUCGACUCGUGGGACAUGUACAACGUGGGGGAGACCAAUCAGUUCCCGGGCCCCGUGGAUAAUUCCGGACUGUUGGCAGACCCCGACACUCAGGUAUUGAAGGAACAUCUCAUCGAUGAGCUGGAUUACGUCCUGGUCCCCACAGAAGCCUGGAGCAAGCUGAUGUCCUGGUACGGGAGCGUCGCCGGUCAGCUGCCCAUCGUCAGGAAGGUGGUGGAGCACGGCAUGUUUGUGAAGCAUUGUAAGGUGGAGGUUUAUCUGAUCGAGCUCAAGCUGUGCGAGAACAGCGACGCAGACAACGCGGUCAGCCGCCACUUCAGCAAGGCGGACACCAUAGAUUUUAUAAGGAAGGAAAUGAGAAACAUCUUCAAUAUUCCUCCCGAUAAAGCCACGCGGCUGUGGAACCGAUAUAUGACCAACACCUACGAGCAGCUCACCAAACCCGACCACACC